AUGAGUACAGAAAUUGCUCACAUCGACCGUGCAAGGCUAUACACAGAUCUUCAAUAUCGAUUCAACUACGUUGCUCAAUUUGUCGAAUUCGGCGAGGAAGACAUUAAGGCAAUCAAGAAUUCGGCUCCCGUUAUCGCACCGCUUGUAAAUACGGUCGUUGAACUCGUCUAUGAAAAGCUAUUCUCCUUCGAUAUCACAAAGCAGGUGUUUUUCGCACGCAAUGCAGGAUACACGGGGAAAAUCGAAUCCACGAUAGACUUGUUUAACACCGAUAGCGAACAGAUCAAGUUCCGAAAGGACUUUCUUAAGAAAUAUCUUGUGAAAUUGGUCACAGCAGAGUACGAUUCGAAAUUUGUCAACUAUCUCAAUUAUGUUGGGAAAAUUCAUACAUCGUUCCCGGGCAAGUCGUCUCGCAUAAACGUAGAAUAUAUCCAUUGCAAUGCGCUGUUUUCGUAUGUGCAUACUAUCCUUAUCGACGCAAUCAGCAAGGCGGGAUUGGACAAGGAUGUCGCAACUAAAACAACAAUUGCAUUUACCAAGCUGUUAUGGAUACAGAAUGAUCUGUUUGCUCGUCAUUAUGUAGCAGACGGAACAGAUGUAACACAAAAUGGGAAUGCAAACCGAGGGGACGCUGGUGGGAGUUAUUAUAACUAUAAUAGUGCACCAGUUUG